CCCGGCAAAUUUCCGUUCCUAUGACAACGGUCAGAGGUCGGUUAGGUCGGAACUGGUUCAUCAACUCCGUGCCAUCAGGUCAGUAGAAUCGUACAGCUGGGCGGAGCACGGCGAGACAUUCUGCAGUUUAUAUAGAACAGUUGUACCGUGGUCUAAAUGUCGUCUGAAUCUGGAAAAUUCACGGACCGAGUCCGGAACGUCGCUGAGACGGUUUGGGAUGUGGUCUUCAGGUUCUUCAAGAGGAAUCUGCCCGUCAUCGCCCGCCUUCUGCUCAUGAUGACGUUUUUCGAUGACGGGCUGCGGAUGAUCUACAACUGGACCAACCAGACGAAGUAUUUCGAGCACUCCUGGGAUAUCAGCGCUACCGUAGCCGGCAUUGCCGUGUCCCUAAACAUGGUCGGGCAGCUGGUGGGGUGCGGGCUGGUCCUGGCCAGGAGGAAGGUCGAGUGGGGGUGUGGGAUCCUGUUUACCAACGUCAUCUUUCAGGCAGUCAUGUAUGAAUAUUUCAAGUACGCCAAAUAUAUUUUGAGAAGCCUGUCCCUGACCGGCUGUGUGCUCCUGUUGCUGCUGGACCACUGGGCAGAACGGAAGAGCAUGGAUCCGGGACUUCUCAAGGUCAAGAAAGAGGAUAGGACCCGGAUGUUGCUCCAACUGGCAGGCCGUUGCCUAGUAGGUUUUAUGUUCGUGUCCCUGGCCCAGCUAGGUCCGGGCUAUCCCAUACUGAUCAUCACCAUGGUGGGGUACCUGCUGCUCCUCUGCGUCAUGGUCGGCUACAGGACCAGACAGUGUGCCAUCAUUCUGGCCAUCCAGUUUUUCUUGGUGACCCUGGUGACGAAGACGUGGUGGCUGAAGCCGUGGGACAGUACCAGCAGGGACUUCGUGAAGUACGAGUUUUUCCAGGCGAUGUCGGCGGUGGGCGGGCUGCUGCAGGAGGCGGUGGUCGGGCCGGGCAGGGCGUCACUGGACGAGCGGAAAAAGGACGAAUAAAACAUCGGACUGGACUGGCUGGGGGCGGGGGU